AUGUGAGUUCAGUGUGACCGUGAAAUGGUUCUGUGCAUACGCUGUGCCUUUAGAGCCUGUGGUUUUUGCUGUCUUAGAAAGUGCUUCAAAGAGGUCCCAUCUUCCAGCAGCAGUGUGUCCACCAGCUUCUUGUGGGGCUUGGAAUGCAACACCAGCAGGACCUCGGGGCCUCUCUCUGGCAUGGAAGAGCCUGCCCUUAAGGAGAAGCCGGACGAUGAAAGCAGUCUACAAGAUGGGCAGGGGGCAUCGUCCUGUUCUCACAAACGGCAGAAGGUGAAGCAGAGGUUCUUAGUCACUGUGCGCCGGCCUCGGCUGCUCCAUGAUUCAGGUGUUUCUUGGGAUACGCUUCCAGAUGAAUUGCUUUUGGCCAUCUUUGCAUUUUUGCCCCUAAGUGACUUGAUAAGGGUUUCUGUUGUUUGCAAGAGGUGGCAUUGUCUUUCGUUUGAUGAAUCUCUCUGGCAGACUCUUGAUCUGGCUGGUAAAAUUUUGCUGCCAGGAGUGGUUGGACAGUUGCUGCCUGCAGGUGUUACUGUAUUCCGCUGCCCACGAUCUUCUAUUGAUAGCCCAUUGUUCAAAACAAGCAAUCCUCUCAAACUUCAAUGUAUGGAUUUGUCAAACUGUACAGUGUCUGUUGAAAGUCUCCAGAGUAUUCUUAGUCUGUGUGAAAAGCUGCAGAACCUCAGCUUGGAGGGGCUAGUGCUUUCUGAUGACAUCAUCAAAAAUAUUGCUCAGAAUUCCAGUUUGGUGCGACUAAAUCUCUCUGGGUGCUCAGGGUUUGCUGCAGAGCCCUUGGAGCUGAUGUUGAGCAGAUGUUCUAUGUUGGAUGAACUGAACUUGUCCUGGUGUAACUUCACAGACACCCAUGUCAAAGCAGCAGUCAAUCAUAUUACUUCAAAAGUAACCCAGUUAAACUUAAGUGGAUACAGACAGAAUCUACAAAUGGAAGAUGUUCAGAGACUGGUGGAAAGAUGUCCUUCACUUGUCCAUUUAGAUCUAAGUGACAGCGUGAUGUUAGACCCUGAGUGUUUCAAGUAUUUCCAUAAACUCAGAUGUCUACAACAUCUGUGUCUUAGCCGAUGUUAUCAGAUAUCCCCUGCUGACUUAAUGGAACUUGGUGGAAUUCCAACAUUAAAGACUCUUCAGGUAUUUGGAAUUGUGACUGAUGGCUCCCUAGAGAUCCUCAAGGAAUCUCUUCCUGACAUAGAGAUCAAUUGUUCAUACUUUACAAGUAUCGCAAGGCCAACUGUUGGUAGGAAAAGGAGCCAUGAGAUUUGGGGCAUCAAAUGCAAAUUGGCACUGAGAAAUUAAUUUAAUCGUUGGCUUAUGAUUGUGUACAAUGCACUGGAUGCAAUGAACAUACUGUGUGUAGUGAAGCUCCUUAAGAACCAGAAUGCUGGAGCACUUUCAGUGAUAGUAUUGUUAUUGUAAAACGCAUUCUGACUUGGUCUUGUGCCUUAAUGUAGUUUCAUAAAUAUUCUCACAGUAUUUUUUUACUUAAACCCUUUGGAAACCUGACAAUGUGGGAGUGAUUGUGGAUGUUUUUUUUUCUGUAACUGGGGAUAUUUUUUCAGAAGUACUGUGAAACAGCUGUUGUAAUCAAACAGUGACAGCCUAUAGUGACUGUUGCAUGUUCUGAUGCAGCUUUUGGUGCUUUCAGGUGUUCUAAAGGUGGUUCUGGUUAAUGUUGCCAGUUCUACAAUUCUUGAAAUGGCUUGUAGGGGUGCUAGAUGGUUUAAUAAGGCUUAUUAAGGAAUUGUCUUCAUCUGAGUUUGUGGAUCUCAAGGUGAAUUAUGGUGUUAAACCCAUUUAAAUGCUCAGUUGAACAAUGUAUGUAAGAUGAGAAGCUACCCACGGUUUGUGAGAGACAGAGUACCGAAUUUGAAUUUACCAAGCCUGAAAACAGAAAAUAAGAGAAAGGAUGUUUACAGAAAAGCAGCUAAAUAAUGCAGAAGUGAAAAAGUAGUAUAAAGAGGCCAAAGAAGAUUUUCUUGAGCAGAGCAUAAAGAUAACACCCAUUUUAAUAUUCCUGUUAGCAAAAUACACUUUGAAAAACCCAUUCAGAACAAGCACCUGUAAAUGUAGGUAUCAGUUCUUUCACGGUGUGGUGCUGUUUUCUGAUACAAUAAGGUUCUGCAAUAUUGAAGCUUCUGUGACCUUGAUCAAACUUCUGUGAGCUUGAUAAAAACUCGUAAAAAAUAUUCUCUUACUUCCUUUAAAGAAUAAGAUAUUUCAACUGCUAUGAAUUUUGCAGGAGGAGGACUCAAAUGAUUAUAGAUCUUGGACCAAAACCUCAGACUGCAGUGAGUGCUGAAAGCGGUAGAUGCUUUGAUACUAAGAAACAUCAAUUUUUUAUUUUUUUUUUUUUGGUAAUAGCUUAUGUUUCUAGUAUCACUUCUCUUGUAUCUGUAACACUAACCAGUACUGGCUAGUGCUGGGGUUUUGUUUAAGUCCUGUGAAAAGAUGAGUAAUUGUCCAAAACAAAACUAAGAGUAUGAUUGUGAACUUCUGUCUAUGUCUAUUAUGAUGGUCCUUUUGUAUAAGCAUGGAAUGUUCCAGCAAAUAUAAGUGUUACUUGAGAAGUCCUGGGGUAAAACUUGCACCCUGUGUAGGACAUAAAUAUGCUGCUGUUGUUUCCAUGAAUGCAGCAAUCAAGCAGAUGGUAUUUAUUCAUGGAUAUUUAAAGUGAGCCUACAGCAUUACUCUGGGGUUGUUGCAUAGUUUAUAGUGUUUCCCAGCUCAAUCUGAAGUGCUCAGGAAUAAAUACCUGGUAGUACAGAACAGAUUCAUUACUGUGGAAAGAUUGUAUGAGUACUGGAAAUUAACUCUACUUUCUAUAGUACAGCAAAUGCAUCAUUAUCUUGUUAACCUGCUCUGGUUUGGUUUUUACAAAGUUUUAACAGUGUUGGUGACACUUAGAAUCACAGAAUGGUUAGAUCUGGAAGGCACCUUAAAAUUACGUAGAUCCAACACUCCUGCCAUGAGCUUUACACUAGACCAUGUUGUCCCUUAACUCACUACUGGGCUUGUGCCCCUCACAAAGGAGUUAAUGGGCAAUAUGCCUUGUGAAAACUGGAGUUGGAGAAGCAAUGGGAGGUUGGAUAUUGGAUAUUGUGUUGCUUCAAAGUUUGCAGCCUUAAGUUUAUGUCUUAACUUAAUGAUUUCAAAAGUAAAUCUCUGCAGCUCAGCACUAGUGUAAAUUCUUCUUCCUAUGUACCAUGUAACUCUAUACAACUUGUUUUGCAUUUAAUAAAGAUCUGAAGAAGUGAUA